AUGGAUUAUGGAGAUUACUUCGUUGAAUCUGAAGAUAAUUUUUUUCACUCUGACCAGGAGGUACAAUCAAGUUGUGGUUCAAACACCUUGCAUGAAGAGCUUUUUCCUAGUGAUAUGAUAUGGGAAAUCAUGGUUCUUCCCCCACAAGCAGAAAUAUCCGAGGAUUUCGAGGAGGCGAUUCAAAAGUGUGUGUCUGAGUUCAUAAGUGUCGUCAUUGACAAGCUCAAACGCAAAAAGCGUAAGAUUUCAGUGAAAAGAAUCCUAGUAGUGAUUGAAAAGUUAGGCUUAAAAGAAAAUGUUGAGUAUCUCAUUCAAUUCAACGAUAGGUUCCUCCUGUAUGAGGCUGAUUGCUAUAUCAAUGCUAAGCCCCAUGCCACUGAAACUGAUGAAUACUAA